AUGUGCUAGCUAAGACCAUGUAACAAGCCCUGCCCUUCAUCCUUAUGCCUUGCCAGAAGCCUUCCCACUGCUGAUGUAAAGACCAGUCCAAUGAAAAGAUGGAGAGAUAGAAAUGCAACACUCGUGCUGGUGGUGGCCCUGCAGCUGUUUCAGGCCCCUGAUUCCCUGGAAUCAACAUGUGGCUACAGAAUAAGUGCCAAAUUCGAGAAGCCAAUUAUAUCUGGAAUCAUAGGUGGGGAGCCUGCAAGCAUCACAGAGUUCCCAUGGCACGUGGGCAUCCUUAGCGAAGGGCAGUAUCUCUGUGGAGGCACCAUUCUCAGUGAGUGGUGGAUUCUGACUGCAUCCCAUUGCUUCAUCAAAGCAAGCAGCUCCAACCUCUCAAUUGUACACGGCAUGGAUGACUUCAGCAUCCCGAACUUGAUGGAGGUGAAAGUGGACAAGCUAAUUAUCCAUUCUGACUUUGACAGCUGGAUCUUGGAUAAUGACAUAGCUUUGCUCUUGCUGCAAUCCCCAUUAAGCCUUGAUGUCAACAAUGUACCCAUCUGCCUCUCAAAGGCCACUGACGUACAGAGGUGGAACGGCUGCUUGGCGACCGGCUGGGGCAUUACCCACAGCAGUGAGUUGCCACAAACAAGAGUGGGUGGUACCUGGCUGGUGUAUGGGACAGGAAGCAAACCCUGGGGGUCCUGA